AUGAUACUACUUUACCUCACAGUUCUCCUGGCCUUUACGCUUAGAAUACAUGCUCAGGCCAACAUCACAAUCCAACCAUUAACGGAUGUCGACGUAAACCGCCAUAUAGGCUACUUCUCAGAUCCUUAUCAUGUUCCAUAUCAGAAUGAGACCCGCAUCUACAUCUCAGGCACUACCCACAAAUAUCUCGAAUGCGAUGGAGGAUUGACCCCCAAAUGUGCUACACUUAAGCACAACGAGGACAUCCAGUGGAAUGUUACGGAAGAGCUGCAGCAACAGCUAGACAAGGCCAAGGUUCAGGUGUGCGGCGUCGCUGGCAUUCAUCCUUUCCAGACUGUCUCAGGUCACAACAAAUCGUGGGACGCAGCAGUAACGCUUCACGUCCAGGAAAAUAACACGGUGUGCGAUGGUCUCAAGGGCUGGAGUGUCAUCGUCCACGCGAGCCCAGUGGACUUGACGACUGUUGAUACACCACCGCUUGCAUGGAUAGGGGAUAAGGUUCUUGUUGGAAACUUUACCGACAAAGCUGAUGCCAACUACGACGGAAAAUACUUUCGAACACCAGAAGGGAAGUUGUUCUUAAUUUACGAGAAGAACCUGCACAAGAAACCAAUGAAGCGUGACGGCGUGGUCGCCUGGCCCAUGAAGGAUUUUAUGACGCCAGCCGACCCCAACCUGGAUCCUACAGUCUUGAUCGCUCCCGACGAAGGAUUGAACUCGGAAAACUACCACAACCACAGCGACGAAAACUUCAAACUCAUUGAGAAUGGAAAUAUCAGGGCUAUCAAUGGAAAGUUUGUGAUGGCUUACUCAGUUGCAGCUUAUAAUCGCCCAACAUAUAAGAUUGCCAUAGCCUACUCUGACACGUUCCUGCCAGCCGAAGGGUACCGCAAAGUCAUGAAGGAAAACCCAGAUCAACUCUGGGGGUCCACCAAGGAGAAGGAAGUCUACUACCUCCUGCAGGCAGACGCGCAGCAUGACGGCUGGCACUACGUUGGCAAUCAAAUCCGUGCUCCCGGCGUGGCGACCGUCGCCAAAAUCGGCGCCGGCGAUAGCUGGGUGCUGACUUUUCAUGGGUAUCAAGUUGGUGACACCGGGGGCAAUGGCACAUUGGAUUAUGUGGGCAACCACCGGCGACCAUUCUUCAUCGACCUGGAUGUGAACGUGCCAACCGAUACUUCCGUCAAAGAUGCAAGCGACCAAGACUUGCAGGGUUGGAUCACCCCUAAGCACGGAUAG